AUGACAAUAACAGUGACAAGUGACAAAAGUGAAAAUUACAUCGGAAAACGACGAGAACGUGCGUUGCCUAUAGUGUUUCCACCCACAGCGCCAACGCGAGUGCAGUGGAUUAUUGGUAUUGGUAUACCUUUGGAGGAGCUGGUAUUUGAAGCAAUGACCACAGGUUACGUACUAAAAGCUGAAUACUUUUUGCCAUCGAAUGCGUCACAGUUACGCACAAAGACUCAUCUCAAUAUAGCUGGGCGAAGAAGACGCAAUGCACCUGAUUUUGAACAAUUUUUGAUAAAUGACGAAGAAUUUAGCGCGGCAAACAAGAACCGUGAAGAGUUUCUGCAUAAAAAGGUGUUAACAAGUUAUCGUUGGUCUGUGUACAAAGCAUUUGAAGGUUUGGCUGUAAGAUUGGGUCUUGUUGGACGAGAUUGUGUACUGAAGAGUAUCUGUGAGGCAGCUGAAAUUCCAUUUCAUUAUAAAAAUGGCUUAUUUGGGGAGUUGCUAUACAUUUUAUUAACGCCGUCAACAUCCGUGGACAAGCUAUCAGAGUAUGCCGAUAAUCAAUAUUAUCAGGCUGAACAUUUAGGCCGUUCUGGAGUAAAAUGCGAACUUGUUUUUAGAAAAUGUAAGAAAUCACUUUUAAAUCACUUUACAGAUAUAUAUAGUUUAGAAAAGGGGUUUCUCAGACUUGUUAGCUAG